UCGGCAGUCCCCUCAUUUUCCAACAACCAUGGCUCCUUUUGUCGCCAUCUUACUCUUCCUUCCAUUUCUAGCCGCCGGCUUCACCGCCGCCGCCGCCCCACCACCGUCGAAAUGCUACACUUCCCUCUUCAGCUUCGGCGACUCCGCCACCGCCACAGGCAUCCAGAAAACCGACAACACCCCCGGCACCACCGCCCCGCACUGCGCAUUCCCUCCCUACGGCGAAUCCUUCUUCCACAAACCCACCGGCCGCUGCAGCGACGGCCGCACCAUCGUCGACUUCCUCUCCCAGUACCUCCGCCUUCCUCUCCUCCCCCCUUACUGGGGCGAAACCAUCCCCGCCGCCGCCAACGCCACCAAAAAUCCCUACUCCCACGGCGCCAACCUCGCCGUCGUCUCCGCCACCGCCCUCGACUCCAACGAAACGGGAGGAGCCUCCGGCUGCCGGAACUGCUCCCUCUCCGUCCAAAUCAACCGGUUCAAAACCCUAAUAAACUCGCUCCACCCCACCUCCGCCAAACGCAGAGCGUACCUGAAGAAAUCCCUAAUUCUCCUCGGCGAAAUCGGCGGCGUCGAUUACCAGCGCGCCUCGUUUCGCAACACCACCACCUCCCAAUCCCAAGUCGAAUCCCUAAUUCCCCUCGUCACCAAGCGAAUCGGCGCCGUAAUCGAGGACCUAAUCGAAUUCGGGGCCGUCAAUUUCGUCGUCCCCGGUGAUUUCCCCAAAGGUUGUUUCCCUUCCUACCUGACCAAAUUCCAGAGCUCGAAUCAGAGCGAUUACGACCCCACCACCGGCUGCCUCGUCUACCACAACUGGUUCUCCGCCCGCCACAACAAGCUGCUGAAGAAGGAGAUUGAGAGGAUAAGGAAACUGCACCGCCACGUCAGCGUCCGCUACGCCGACUAUUUCUCGACGGGGAUCCGGAUGCACCGGAACCCGGAGAAGUACGGGAUCGUUAAGGCGACGAUGAACAAGGCCUGCUGCGGGGCCGGCGGGCCCUACAACUACAACCCGGCGGCGGUCUGCGGGCGGGUCGGGGCGGUGGCGUGUGGGAACCCGAAGGCGUAUAUAAAGUGGGAUGAUCAUCAUUACACGGAGGCGGCUAACAGAGUCAUCGCCGGCGCUGUGUUCAAGCGUCGGUUCCAGUACCGUACUGCUUGUAGAAACUAACUAGUAUGUCCUGGUUGAUUGACGCGAGGCCGUGAUCGAGUGGUCGUAUCGUUGAUGUUUUCGAUUUGGAGCUCUCUCAGAUUCGAAACCCAAGGACCAUGCUCAUCUAUUCCUCUCCUCUCUAGUAGCAUUUCUCUGUAAAAAAAAAAAAAAAACUAGUAGUCCAGGUUCGACCAAGAAUUUCAAUAUUGUUGUUCCUUUAGUUCUGAAUUUUACUGUCAUUACUCAUUGGCGCCACUGCCACUCUGCCUACCGCCAUUGCUGGAGUGGGAACGCAGGAUUUAAUUUGAAUAAUAAUAUUGUUAGAAGUUC